UAUAAAGAAAGGUUCGCUUUGGAAAUCCAACAUAGAUCAGUCCAUAAUUUGAAGCAACUGCUAUUUGAGAAUGGGAGGUACUUCACCAUGCGCCUCAUGCAAACUAUUGAGGAGACGCUGCGCUAAGGACUGCAUCUUUGCCCCUUACUUCCCCUCCCAUGAUCCUCACAAGUUUGCCAUCGUUCAUAAGGUCUUUGGUGCUAGCAAUGUCAGCAAAAUGUUGCAGGAGCUUCCUGUUCAUCAAAGAGCAGACGCUGUGAGCAGUUUGGUAUAUGAAGCGAACGCAAGAGUGAGAGACCCAGUGUACGGUUGUGUUGGUGCAAUAUCAUACCUCCAGAACCAAGUCUCGCAGCUAGAAAUGCAGCUUGCGGUAGCUCAAGCGGAGAUAUUAUGCAUUCAGAUGCAACAGGAACCCAUCUUACCAACCCUGCAGGUAGAUCACCAAGAUGAUAAAUUACUUCUUUCCACCAUCACUACCACAAAUGAUAAUAAUUUCAAUAACCUUAGCCUCCCUCAUUACCUUAACUUUGCUUCUUCUAGCAAUGUAAUGCAGGACUCUUUUAAAACUGAGUCUCUUUGGACUUGAUUUUCUAAUAAAG